GUGAUGGUGAGAGCUGCUGCAAACCGGCUACAAACGAGAGACUUUGAACAACUUCUGGACUAAAUUUUCACAUAAUCAACUUUUAAAAACUUGUGUCAAGAUGGAGUCGUGUUUGCGGAGAUUACUGGAGGACUUCUUUCUUCCCGCCGGACAUCACCUGUGGACGGUACACGGUGAAUGAACAGCAUGUCUCCGCAACAACAAUCUGACAACAACCCCAACCGAGCAGGCGCCCAACCGGACAAUAAAACAAGGAUGAAGUCUCAGAGUUACCGGCGUCAGUCUGCUCCGUCUCUGGUCAUCACCAAAGCCCUGACCAGGUCCAAGACCCUGUCCAGGGAGAGUUUCGUGGUGUCCAUUUGUCCAGAGACCAGCGCUUUUGUCCAGUCCUUUUUAAGCGGCGGUGAGCGCUCGUUCCUCCUCCACGGACACGCUCAGCUCAAAACAGGACUGCAAACCCAAGACCGCCACCUCUUCCUCUUCACGGAUGUCCUGGUCAUAGCUAAAGCAAAGUCUUCAAACCAGUUCAAGCAGAAGGCGCAGGUCCUUCUGUGUGAGAUGUGGACGGCUGGAUGUCUGGAGGAGGUGUGCGAGGGGACCACAUACCCAGAACGGAGCUUCGUUUUGGGCUGGCCGACGUCCAACUGCGUGGCCGUGUUUGGCUCAGCGGAACAAAAGGAGAAAUGGUUGUCACUUCUCAAAAGUCGGAUAAAAGAAGAGAAAGAAAUGGAAGAACCCAAAACCAUCCCUUUAAGAGUUUAUGGAAAAGGGAUCAAUACAUUUGCUGUUACUAAAACACUUCCUGUUAGUAACUCGGAUUCGACCAAUGAGGUGAUCCGAUUGGCCCUGCAGCAGUUUGGCAUCAUCGGUAAUGUAAAAGACUACCAGUUAUGGGUCAUCUCCAAGCGAGACAACACGCCUUACCCUCUCAUUGGUCAUGAGUUUCCGUUCAGCAUCCAGAUGAAUCAUGUGCGACAGUCGAAAGAAGGGAGAGAGGGCAGAGAAGAGGAGAGGCUGCUCUAUAAACAGUGCCAGUUCAUCCUCAAACCGCGACCCAGUGACGUCAUGCAGCAGCACCAGGAGGCAACAGAUUUCUCUCAGAAGUCGUUCAAGCGUCGGCGUUCUCUGAUCACGUGGGCGUUCUGGAGAGGCCCCGCUCAGCUCUCGUCGCUCAGUGGCGCCCCCAGAGGAUGUUUGUUUGGACAACCACUGAGCUCCGUGUGCAUCGAGAACACGCUGCCCAAACCCGUCUUGGACAUGUUGACGUUCCUGUAUCAUGAAGGCUGUUGGACUAGAGGAAUAUUCAGACGCCCGGCCGGAGCUCGAGCCGUGAGGGAACUACGAGAUUCUUUAGACGCCGGAGAACUUCAACUCCCAAUGACCAGAGACCACGUGUUCAUCAUCGCUGGCGUCUUUAAGGAGUUCUUGCGCAGUAUCCCGAACAGUCUGCUGUGUUGUGAACUCUAUGAAGAGUGGCUCGAUGCUUUGGAGGAAGACGAUGAGGAAGAGGAGCAGGUGCACGACGUACAAAGGAUCCUUCUCCGGCUGCCUAAGGAGAACACCAUGCUGUUGCGCCACCUGCUGGCUGUCCUCCACGGCAUCCAGACCAACGCCUCAGAAAACCAGAUGACCAGUUUGAACCUGUCCAUCUGCAUCGCUCCGAGUCUUCUGUGGCCACCGGGGGCAGCACACAACCCCGAGGUGGAGGGGGAGGGAACCAGGAAGAUCUGUGAGUUGGUGAAGUUCAUGAUCGAACACUGUCAGGGGAUUUUUGGAGAAGACCCCUGCUCGAUGUUUGGAGGACCGCCACAGAGACAGACGACAGAGGAGGAGGAGACAGAGUCUUGGCAGUAUCCUUUGACCGACUCGUCCUACGACAGCUUGGAAAACGAACUGGACAACAGCAGCGGUGGCUCCCCAAGUUUCGUUCAACGCAAAGUGGACAAUCACCAUGACAACCACCACCAGCCUCUCCAGGGCAGCCUCGAUUCAAUCCUGACGUACAGUGACUACGAUCAAGAAAACGACUCAGAAAACCCCUCCAAAACAGCGACAAGACACUACCGUAUUGAGAAACUAGGGGGCGACAGCGUCAUCUACAGCUCUAAACAGGACUAUAAAUACGUUGAGUCGUCUCCGUCUUUGGGAUCGCCGUCUUUGGAGGCUCGACAAAGACCAAGGAGGAGAUCAGAACCCGCUGUUACUUAUGUAAGAAAGUUACAACCUUAUAAUCCAAAUACAGACGAUGACGAGCAGCCCAACAGCCAAUCAGAUUUGAGAGAUGAGUCCAAGAGGCGGGACUUGGGCUUUGGCAUGAAAUUUUUAGCCCUAGAAGCGAGUUUGUCAAGUUUAGCAUCUGCUCCCAACUCUCCAGCUGCUAAUUAUUCUUCCGUUGAUUCACUGGAUUCUUUUAGCUUUGAUAAAUCGCAUAGACAACAAGUAAAAGCAUGUACUACGGAUGAAAUUCCUGUUAGUGUCAUUUCAACGCCAGAGGAAAAUAGUGCAAAAAGUUCUCCGCCUAAAGACUUGGGAACGUUGAAGAGUUGUGGAAAUCUGCAUCCGAAUACGUGGUUGAAAAAGGACUGGAGGCUGACGUUAAGCCAUAAGGAUCAUUUGAGGAAAGAAGAGAAGUCACCGAUUGUAGCAGCUGAAAAGUUCCCUGUGGUCGCCAAAGGAGGUCAGGAGAAGUCCAGAACCAAACUAGCCAAAGCGGGCCAAAGAGGACCCAAAGACCCCGCUCCAGAAACCCCGGUCCAAAGCAGCCCCUCUCCCUCUCUGUUCUACCGACAGGGAGGUCCCACUCUGUCCCUGUUCAAGAAGCAGAGAUCGACGGAGGAGCAAGCCAACCCCAGACUGUCCCAGAGACGCGGAUCAGAACCGAGCCGGGUCCUGGUCGACCGGGUCUCCAAUCUGAGCAGGACCCGUCUCCCUAGCGACCCGGGACUCAAAGUAUCCGAGGUGGACGGCAAAGAGGUUUCCGCGGAGACCAGAUUUUGUCUUUCUCCUCACGCCACAAAAGCAGUGAAGGACUACUUCUCCUCGCAUCCACGCAGCAAUCCCCAGAGCAGCAAGCAGGUGGCGCUAGCCCUGGUGGAGAGCCAGAGGGAGUGGAUUAAACGCUGCAGUGACCCUCAAUCAGAACCAGACUUUGAACAACUGUUAUUAUCAGAAGAGUCUUAUGUCUAA